GGUAUCUGGUCCUUAACUCCCGCCGGGAAAAGGUAGCGACAUUUGGGACUCUGGCUUGCGGCGAUGGCGCUUCGCUGGGGCAUCGUGUCGGCUGGCCUUAUCUCCAGCGACUUCACGACGAUGCUGCGGAUGCUGCCUCGCUCUGAGCACCAGGUAGUGGCGGUAGCGGCCCGUGACCUGAGCCGGGCGAAGGAGUUUGCCAAGAAACACGACAUCCCCAAGGCCUACGGAUCCUAUGAGGAACUGGCCAAGGAUCCAGACGUGGAGGUGGCCUAUAUUGGCACCCAGCACCCCCAGCACAAGGCCGCAGUGUUACUCUGCCUGACAGCAGGCAAGGCUGUGUUGUGCGAGAAGCCCAUGGGUGUGAACGCCGCGGAGGUGCGCGAAAUGGUUGCUGAGGCCCGAUCCCGAGGCCUCUUCCUUAUGGAGGCUAUCUGGACCCGGUUCUUCCCUGCUGUAGAGGCUUGGAGGUCUGUCCUGGCCCAGGGAAUUCUGGGGGACCUGCGAGUGGUUCGGGCAGAAUUUGGGAAGAAUCUCACCCAUGUACACCGGGCCACAGACUGGGCCCAGGCUGGAGGUGGCUUGUUAGACCUUGGCAUCUACUGCCUCCAGUUUAUCUCCAUGGUCUUCGGUGCACAGAAGCCAGAGAAGAUUGCAGCUGUGGGAAGGCGCCAUGAAACAGGUGUGGACGACACUGUCACUGUGAUACUCCAGUACCCAGGAGGGGUCCACGGCAGCUUCACCUGCAGCAUCUCUGCCCAGCUCUCCAACACGGUCUCCGUGAGUGGUACCAAGGGCAUGGCCCAGCUCCUUGACCCCUGCUGGAGCCCAACAGAGCUGGUGGUAAAGGGGGAGCAUAAGGAGUUCCCACUGCCUCCAGCCCCAGGCAAGGAGUUCAAUUUUACAAAUGGAAUGGGCAUGAGUUAUGAGGCCAAGCAUGUCCGGGAAUGCCUGCAGAAAGGCCUGAAGGAAAGUCCUGUGAUUCCUCUGGUGGAAAGUGAGCUCCUGGCUGACAUCCUUGAGGAGGUGAGGAAGGCCAUUGGAAUCACCUUCCCCCGAGACAAAUGCUGAUGUAUGCCCUGAACAAAUAAAGACAUGCUGGGAAUUCUUUGGCUGUUCAGCGGUCAGGACUCGGCACUGUCACUUCUGGGGCCUGGGUUCAAUCCUUGGUCAGAGAACUAAGAUCCUGUAAGCGUCAGGCAUGGCAAAGUAAAUACAAAAAUUAAAUAAAAUAAUAAUAAAGUUGUGAUUUCCACAGA